AGGAUUGUUCUAAUCAUCGAAUUCAGUUGAUUGCAUCAUCUGUUUAUUUGGGUAGAAAAUUCUAAGUUUUUUUGCUAAGUUUUGAGAGAGUGGAUUAAUGGCAGCGACUGACAGAGUAGGAAGGAGGAUCAUGGUAGCUGUAGAUGAGAGCGAAGAAAGCAUGUAUGCGUUGCAGUGGGCUGUUGAGAAUCUCCUUAAAGAAAAAGACCAUCAACAGAUUAUCGUUAUGCAUGCAGAGUCCCCAACUGUGUCCAAAUUUGCAUUUGCAGGCCAUGCUGCUGCUGUUGCCGGUCAUCACGUGUUGGAUAUAGCUGGAAGAGGUGGAAACCACAUCACACAGAGAGUAUUAUCUCGUGCAAAAGAUAUUUGUGACAAACACUCUGUGAGCGUGGAAAUUAAGGUGAUGACAGGAGAACCAAAGUAUGCAAUCUGUGAGGCGGCUACCGCACUUAAAACUGAUCUUGUAGUUGUUGGAACUCAUGGUCAUGGAGCUGUUAAGAGGGCUGUGUCAGGAAGUGUGAGCGAGCACUGCACACGCCAUUGCAAGUGCCCUGUGCUGGUCGUCAAGAAACCUCACCACAUGGCAGGGAGUGAAAGAGUAGGAAGGAGAAUCAUGGUUGCUGUAAAUGAGAGCGAGGAAAGCAUGUAUGCAUUGCAGUGGGCUCUUGACAAUGUUCUCAAUCAACAAGAUAACGAACAGAUUAUUGUUAUGCAUGCGGAGGCCCCAGCUGCAUCCAAAAUUGCAAUAGCAGGCCAUGGUGCUACAUCUGCAGGGCAUCAUGUGAUGGAAAUAGCUGAAAGAAAUGAAAAUCUCAUCACAGAAAGAGUAUUGUCCCAUGCAAGAGAGAUAUGUGGAAAGCGUAAUGUGAACAUUGAAGUUAAGGUGAUGACAGGAGAAAGACAAUAUGCAAUCUGUGAGGCAGCUAAUGAACUCAAAGUAGAUCUUGUGGUCGUUGGAAGUCAUGGGCAUGGAGCAAUGAAGAGAGCUGUUCAAGGCAGUGUGAGUGAGUACUGCACACGCAAUUGUAAGUGCCCUGUGGUGACCGUGAAGAAACCUCACACCUGAACUGAAGAAAGAUAUUGUGGAACUUAUGUUUCCAUGGAGUUUAUAUUAGCAUGAAUAUAAACAUAUAUGAGUAUUGUACGCCCAUUUAGUGGCUUUUGGUUUGGAUAAACAUGAAUGGACUUUGUCAUACAGAGUCGAGAGCAUCUUCUAUGCAUAUAUUAUAUAAUAUAAGGCUUCGUGCU